AUGUUGAAGUCAAGAAACAAGAGCAAAAGCAAACAAGAGAAGAAGUCACCAGAAGUGAAGUACCUUGGAGUGAGAAGGCGUCCAUGGGGGAGAUAUGCAGCUGAAAUCAGAAACCCUUUCACAAAAGAAAGACUUUGGCUUGGAACAUUUGAUACAGCCAGAGAAGCUGCUUUAGCUUAUGAUGUUGCUGCUCGCUCCAUCAGUGGCUCUCUAGCUAAAACCAACUUCUUCUGUUCUGACAACACCUCUUCUAUACAAAGACAACCACAACAGUUGUUACAGUCAUCAUCAGGCAAAGAUUCUGUUAACCCCAUUGUGUCUUUGGGACCUGAUAUGAGUUUUGGAUCUUCUAGUUUCUGUUUUCUUCAAGAUCAGCCACAAGAAAACAACCAUUUUGUUGCUUGUCCUAUCCCUUGUUUGCAAGAACAACAGCUUUCUGCUAAUCUCACUUACGGUUACUCACAUUGUUAUGAUGAUGAUCAUGUUGGUAAAAGCAGAGAGAUUUCUUUACCUUCUCUGCCCAAUGAUAUGUCAAGCAGUUUAUUUGGUCAUCAAGACAACACCGAUGCAGAACAUAUGAAGAGUGGUUCGGUCCUCAACGAUGAACCUCAUUGCUCUGAGUAUGACUUCCUUUUAAGCAACAUGCCCACUUCUCUUCUCAAUGAUGUCAAUGGAGAUCCUCCUCAUGUUCUCGAGUCUUCUUCUUCUUCAUCUUUCAUCUGA